AUGACACCAGGGUUGAAACUCAUCGUUACAUCGAAGCCAUACGAUAGGAGUCGAUAUCUUAGAAACGGGGUUAACGACCCGGAACCGCUACACACUUAGCAUAACAGAUCACUUCUCAAAGUUAAUUAGGACAUACGCCAUACCUUCAAAAACAGCUGAGGGAAGUGGCUAGAGUGUUUUUUGAAAGGUGGGUCGCUAAGGGAGCAAGUCAGCCAAUCCUAUCAGAUCAGGGAGGCGAGUUUGACAGUUAACUUUUGCACAAGCUCAAGUCGCUCCUAGGCAUCGACCAGGAGUACACAAAGAGCUAAAAUCCCAAGCAAGUAUUAUAAUUUGACUGGAAGAUUUAAUCAACCAGUCAUAUAAACGUUGAGAAAAAGGUUGCUCUACUCGCUGAGUGGGAUGAGAUACUCCCAUUUUGCAUAUUUGCUAAUUAUACGACAGUCCAUGAGUCUACUGAGCAUCGACGUUCUUCUUGCUACACGGAUUUGAUAAUUAUAUUACGUGGAACACUCAAGCCAAGAACUCAGCAAUAGACAUUGAAAGCUACACGCAGGCAGUCACAGCGACCACCACAUUGAGCACGAGCACGCGCGAUAGGAGAGCAAUAAAAUAUGUCGCAAGAUGAAGAUGACACAUGAUAGGGACAAACGCAGAUGUUCCAAACUACCGAAAAUCGGGGAUAAAGUGUACAUGAAUGUUUCGCACGAGAAACAGUUAUUCCAAAACCCUAAACUGGUCAACCCGUGGGAAGGGCCAUACCGUGUGUUAGACACGAGCGAGAGCAGCGCCCUUGUGAGAUGGGUAGAUGGGGGGAGGUGGGAGGGCAGAGACCCUGUCCAUGAUUUUUGGCAUGCUGGUAAAGUUGCCAGUAGGAGUCUCGAACGAGCUCCGUAG